CGGGCAUUUUUCGUCGAAGAAAUCUCCGACUACGAGUUCACGGACUCUUGCAACAGCAGUCCUGAGCAUCUGCGAGGAAGCUGUUGGCUGUUUAGUUUUCUUCUCCAACUACUUAGCUCCAGGUUUGAUUCGUAGUGCUCUGUUGCUUCAAGGGCUGCUCCGUACACUUCAAGCACAUUCUUCUCCAUAACGAUUAUUGGUGGUUUUAGAAUUUGUUUGUAAAUUCUACUGGACCAUACUCAGUGAUGGGGAGAAUCCUGGUUUUUCUGCUCUUGGCGGCAGUGAUGAUUGUGGACACAGCUCGGGGCAUAGAGGAGUCUGCCUUGAAGAAAUCUCUUGAGUACGAGGGUGACAAUGCUCGUGAGGUGGAGGAAAUACACAAGCGAAACAGCUUGAGUCUGCUGCUCAUGGUGUUCCUGCUGAUCUUGAUUGUGCUGACAAUUUGGCUCUUCAAAGUGAAGAAUUUCCGAAUUCUGCACGAGACUGGAUUUUCACUCAUAUACGGUAUUCUGGUUGGAGUAAUCGUGAAGUACAGCAGCAGUGGUGAGCCAGUGGUAACACAGACCUGUGGAGAGCCACCACACAAUGAGUCUGCCCCGACCAAGCUCUUCCUGGAGUAUAGCAAUAACACGUAUCGCUAUAGCCUGUCGGAGAGACUCUUCACGGAUAGGUCUGGCGGUACUUACGAGAGCACACUGCUGUUCGACCCCGAAACGUUCUUCUUUGUGCUGUUGCCGCCGAUCAUCUUCUAUGCUGGCUAUGAUAUGAGACGUAAAUACUUCUUCCGGAACAUCGGAGCUAUUCUUAUCUAUGCCUUUGCUGGUACAACAAUAUCUUGCUUCGUGAUUGGACUGAUGAUGUAUGGUUACACCAAGACUGGCUGGGAAGUAUUACCUAUUGGUACAGACAACCUGGUGGAAUGCUUGCUGUUUGGAGCUCUCAUCUCUGCUACCGACCCAGUGACUGUACUUGCUAUCUUCCAUGACCUGCAUGUCGACGUUGAUCUCUUUGCCAUGGUGUUUGGUGAGAGUGUCAUGAACGAUGCUGUAGCCAUUGUGCUUUUCAGAUCUAUCUCGGAGUACUCCCCAACAAAUGAUAGUACGUUUGAAGUGGCAGCUGUCUUCAAGUCUAUUGGCAUCUUCAUCGGUGUGUUUGUCGGUUCCUUUGCCAUUGGUGUGGUGAUUGGGCUCAUCUGUGCUUUGUUCACCAAGUUGACCAAGAUCAAGGAGUACCCACUGAUGGAGAGUGGUUUCUUCGCUCUGGUCUCCUAUGCUGCCUACCUGAUCGCCGAGGCGGCUGAUUUAACAGGUAUAGUGGCGGUGCUGUUCUGCGGCAUCACACAGGCUCACUAUACCUACUUCAACUUGUCGCCAGAGUCGCGUACUCGCACCAAGGAGUUCUUUGAGCUUCUCAACUUCCUGGCGGAGAACUUUGUCUUUGUGUACAUGGGACUGGCUCUGUUCUCCUUCCGCUACCACCAGUGGAACUAUGGAUUCAUUCUCUUCUCUUUCCUGGCCAUUACCCUUGGUCGCAUAGUCAACGUCAUCCCUCUCUCCUUCGUUGCCAACCUCAAGCGUCGCACUAAGAUUCCCAGGAAGUUCCAAGCUAUGAUGAUCUUUGCUGGUUUGCGUGGAGCCAUUGCGUUUGCCCUGGCUAUUCGGAACACGGGCUCUGAAGUGCGCCAGUUGUUCUUGACGACAACACUGGUGAUUGUCUUCAUCACUGUCUUUGUCAAUGGUGGCACCACACAGAUAGCACUGCAGUACCUCAAGAUUGAUAUUCAUGUUACACCGGAACAGGACCGUGACAUCCUCGAGCUGGAGAAACCCGAUUCUGAGCAGCAGCGCAGUGACCUGUAUCAGAUGCCAUCGCGGACAGGCCGCCACGCACCAACGGGUGUUAUCCGUGCAUGGACUGGAAUGGACAGAAGGUUUGUGAGACCAAUUUUCACGAGCCGUGGUCCGCCGUUGACGGAGAUCUUUCCCCACCGGUUGCACUGGCUAGCUCGUCUUCUCACUGCACCCAAGCCAACUUCUACGACAUCGGAUGAUGAUCAUGUCGCUACGUCCUACAUGAAUGAAGGUGCUGAAGACCUGGACAUGCAGAGUCUGACUGGACCAGCUCAGCUCUCCUUCCACGAUGAUGACAGCAACUUGGAUGCUGAUCUUGGUGGCGGCAACCAGGAAGAAGAGUUGAUGAUCACCACUGAAGCUUCAGCAUGAGGCAUGGCUGCUACCCACCAAAAUUAGUUAGGAAAUAUUUGUUUUUGUUCAGUGCUAUGUGUCCAGUGGCUACACUUACUGAGAUAAGCUUCCCAUUGGCAUUGUCAGCUUUGUCCUGACGUGCUGCUGCUGCUGCUGCUGUUGCAUAUUGGGAUGCCAGUGCCUGUUCAGUUGUGCUCGAGUGCUGCGGAGCUGGAGAUGAUGUCAUCCUGGAGAUGAUCAUGUCAUCCUAGUGGUGAUGAUGUCAUCCUAGAGAUGAUGAUGUCACUUUAUGUGACGACUAUCAUGACUUCCUAGAGAUUCCUAUUUACUUGAAUGUUCGAAUUUGCCGGAGAGAGAUCACUCCUCAACCGGUAGUAAGUACGCGUAUUGCUUUGAGUGUCUUUUCGAUUUACACAUCACUGUUUUGAUUGAAUGGCGGGGCUGACUGAUGGCCGACUGAUGUCCAACCUGCCAACGCAGUCUCGUGUACGUGCCUGUACAGCUUUACAUCGGCGUUUGCCAUUUUCAGUUUAAAAUAAUAUGCUAGUGUCGUGUAUAAAAUAAUAUGCUAGUGUCCUGUAUAACCCCGUACACAACCCCAUAGUGCCAGAUACUGCUACUGCGAACGAGGAUUUUUCUAUUUAUUUGCAUCUUCUCUCCGUGGAGCCCGUGCGCACGAGUUCUGCUAGCUGGCCAUCCUGCUUCCCCCCCCCCUUCUGUUGGCAACCCCUGUGCGGUUGAGCAGCCGCUGCUGCUGUGUCGGCGCCUUCAGGGUACUACCUAAUUUUUUCUUUUUGUUCAUACGAAUACUGCUGUCAGUCAACAGCAGUUUUAUACUGUCUGUAUAUUUAUAGCUGUUUUUUUGUUCACGCUUUUCGUUCGUAUCAAUCUUGUACAAAUUUUGUUCAGUAUUUGCUGUACAUUUCGUGAUUUCUGCUUCUGGAGAAGCUUGCCUUCUUCCCUGUUUUCAGAGUUUCAUCUCGUGGCAUCACCCACUUUUUGAUUUUGUCCACCCCUCUCCCCACUUACCACCCAGUUUGAUGCUUAUCCCCCCCCCCCCCCCCUGCAUCUAGCUAUGACUUGUUCUGACAGCUUUGUGGUCAGCCUACGAGCCGGCAAGUGACCCAGUACUACAGUAAGUAAAUUA